CGCCUUUUCGACUUCACUUCACCUCACCUCACCUCCACCGCGGCGACGACGCACCCUCCGACCACCACACUCAUUUCCGCUCGUGCUCUUGCAAUGGCAACCUCCUCUAAGGUGACGAGCCCAAUGGCCGCGGCUGCGCUGCUGCUUGCUUCGCUCUCCGGUGUCAACGCGUUCUGGCGCAUGGACUGUCACUCUCCCCUUGGUCUCGCACGUAUUGAUCCGCUCGUCGACUAUGGCAAAAUUGCUGCUCACUCCCAUAUCAUCUUCGGAGGCGAUAACUUCAGCCCCACGGCCGGUUAUGACGACCUCAUCGCUUCUGAGAGCACCUCUUGUCGCGCGAAGGAGGAUAAGUCCGCGUACUGGACUCCGUCUUUGCACUUCCAGCACAGCGAUGGGACCUUUGAGGUUGUUGGGAACCAGGGCGGUAUGCUUGCAUACUACUUCCUUCGCGACGGAGGAACCGGUCAGCAGAUCAAGGCUUUCCCGGCAGGAUUCCAGAUGAUCGCUGGUGAUACCAACAAGCGCAACUUCACUGGCCCAGUUCCCGACCCGCCAGAGUCGGAUUGGACUGCAGACGAACUGACGCAAGCAUCUUUAGCUGAGAAGGCCCUCGGCUUCAACUGCCUGAACUACGCCAGCGGCAAGACGGAGCCAAGCUUGUUCCGACACUUCCUCCCCGAUAAGUCUUUCCUAGAUGCGAAUUGCGCGGACGGCAUUCGUCUCGAGCUCUCCUUCCCGGCAUGCUGGAACGAGGCUGCCGGUGUGGCCCCGAAAGGCUCCAAGAGCCACGUGGCGUACCCGAAUCUGGUUCAAGAUGGUGUCUGCCCAGAGGGCUUCAGCACCCGCCUCCCUGGACUAUUCUACGAGACUAUCUGGCGAACGCAGGACUUCGUUGGCAAGGACGGACAGUUUGUCUUAUCGAACGGCGAUCCCACAGGCUAUGGCUACCAUGGAGACUUCAUCGCUGGCUGGGAUGUACCUACCCUCCAGAAGGCCGUGGACACUUGCACCAACCUUGAUGGAACCCUUGAGAGCUGCCCAGUCUUCACCCUCCAGACUCAACCCGAAAUGGCAGCAGUCAAGCUCAGCAUGCCCGCCGACCUCAAGAACGAGAACUGUGCUGGCCCGGAGUCUACGUUGCCUGGAAACGUUCCCAUUCAGUCUGGCCCCCAGCCAGCCACGGACAACCACGGAGGUGUAGCCGCUCCUACGUACGCCCCUUCUUCGUAUGCAGCACCGUCAAAGCCUGUUGUGCCUACUGUUUCUCCCAAGAAGCCCGUCUAUAGUAAACCCUCCUACCCUGGCAGCUUUUCGAUCCAAGACAUCCAAAACGCUGGCGUCGCGUCGACUUCACGUAUCGCUACCAGCGAGGCCUCCUCUACAUCGGCCGCUGUCUACGUUGCCGUUACCCCUGCGCCUUCUGCUCCAGCGGAGACCGAUGGGGGUUCCAUCAUCGGUACUACGACUUACACGAGCGACGGUGCGGUGUGGGAAGUUGCCAUCAAGGAAAUCGACAUCACGGUUACCGCCGAGCCAACAGGCGCAGCGAGACGCCGCCGACACCUUGCACAGCACCGUCAUAUUGGUGACAGUCACGGCCUGUAGAGUCUCAGGAUCACUUACCGAAGUCAUGAUAGUGUCUAGGCGGUCAAUUGCAUUCGGUAAAAUGAACCAUGUACAGAGAUUCAUUUGGUGGGCCGAUCAAGCUGGCACCUUGUUUCACGUGCAUACAACCGGCGUUUGUUCUCUUCAGAGCUCGAUACCAUGAGAAUAGCGGCGGUCAUUUUCAUUUCCUUUUUCUUGUUGAACACUCUUGCAUGGGUACGCCGUGUGGCUGUGCCUACGGAACGAACCUGGGGAGGAAAUCCUGUCUGCACACGACGACAGUUGAUGGUUGUGGUACUCUGCUCAUAGGCAGCACACAAA